UUAGCAAAGCUAGCUAACUGUUAAAUUAAGUGCAUACAAUAAUGUAUUACUGCCAGUGGUGGAAUGUAGCUAACGUUAGCUUAACUAAAUAGCUAUUUAUUCUGUGUUACUCCACAGAUGGCAGCAAUCGUAACUCCAACCGUUUAAAAAUAUUAGUGUCCUUAUAAUGUUCUAUCGGUCCCAUAUGGUCUAGCGGUUAGGAUUCCUGGUUUUCACCCAGGCGGCCCGGGUUCGACUCCCGGUAUGGGAACAUCCCUUUUGUCUAAUAUAGAAUAUACUUUUAAGAAUGAAGAUUAUAAGAGCUAAUUUAUCGUGUAUGUUAUUUAACAGAUAUACCAUACAAAGUUGGGUUUGUUACACCUUAAUAACUGUAAUACUGAUGAGUUCGUCCUGCAAUGGGUAUAAUUCACGUAUCAUUCCCUUGCUUUCUCAAUGGGUAUUAUUUUAAGUACACGUGGUCUUAAUCACGUGACACCAUGUGUCACAUGAUGUUAGACAUAUACGGAAGCAGUAAUCGUCUUUUCUACGCUUAAUGGGUAAAUGCCAAUGCAGUUGUUUUAACGUUGAAUGGCUGAUUUCUAGUCGAAACGACGGCGGUACAGAUUGUAUGAGAAAGUACUUGAGAUAGUAACGUGCUAAAAGUCGACAUGGGGAUAUCGGAAUUGGAGGAAUCUUCUCUAUUGCUGGACGAAAAGCUUAUGCGUUUCAUGGACCAGCUGGAGUUACUGGAAGAGAAACGAGCCGCUCUCAACUCCCUCAUAGAGCAGGGAUGGUUUUCCAUGUCCAAGGCACGAUAUUCCAUGGGAAACAAAUGCGUCUCUGCUCUUCAGUAUGCCAGUGAAAUAGAGCCCCUGGUCUAUGUUCAUGCUAGAACACUGGACACGGGUGAUGUGGAUUUCUGCACAGAAAGGGUCAAACAAAAGUGUGGUAAUGAGGAUGGAAAAGAUGCUAAGUCAAUAGAGGAUAUUGGCCCUCAAGAAAAAGGUGUCAGGAGAAGAAUCAAACCAAAAAAGCAUAUCACUGAGGAAGAGGCAAGUGAAGAAGCAAGCUGUGAGAAAGCUCCUGAAGUAACUCCAGUAAGAAAACAUGACCCAAAUCCUCAGCAAGAUCCACUGAAAUGGUUUGGGAUUCUUGUGCCACAAACUCUGAAACAAGCACAGUCAUCAUUCAAGCAAGUAGUAGAGCUGUCAGCUGAGAUUGCAACCCUUCAGACUGCAGUUUUGAACAGCAGACAGGAGCUGAAGCACAGCAUGAAAGACAAACACAUUCUCCAGGAGGAAUCCUCAGCAGCCCAGUUGGACAACAGAGCAGACUAAAUAACUCUGUUGAGUCAAAGCAGGAGAUGAUCUGAGAAGAGCGUGUGGCCACAGAUAGUGACAGGUUGGAAUCGGUAGAUUUCGCUUCAGGGACAAUUUAACUCAACAGUGAUCCUCUCGGUGGAUUUUGAAGAGGGGAUUACAGAUUAUUCUGUAAUGACUAAACCGUGGUAGAUUUUGUGAGUUCUUGUGUGUUUUUGACUGAUGUGUUAGUGAAUUCUGUCUUUUAGGAUUUCUGUGUUGUACACUGUAAAAGUAAUGGUUAAAUAUAAAGAGAACUUGUUUGAAUCUUUCAAUAAAUGUUUUCUGAUAAGGCA